UUCUUGUGCAGCGGAACCAUACUCUCUUAUAUUCUAAUCUUCUGCGUUGCUUCGUCUUUCUCUCUCCUUGUAACCUCUCUCCUUUCUGGGAUUGUUGUGUUUGUUACGACCCCCCCGUGGUUUAUGAAUUGAUUCUGAUCUUAGGAGAGAUUUUUCUUAAGGUUCUUUGAUCGGCUCAAUUGGAGUAGUUACAACACUCCUUUUUUAAGUGUACGUACGAGGCUAAUUAAUUUUGCGUUGGACUGCAGAAGAUGGCUGAGGAGGAACACAGGGUUACCCUAAAUGUUUAUGACUUAAGCCAAGGACUUGCACGACAGCUUUCAAUGUCGUUUUUGGGGAAAGCAAUUGAAGGCAUAUGGCACACAGGAGUUGUGGUUUAUGGUAACGAGUAUUACUUUGGUGGGGGCAUACAGCACUCUCCUGCUGGAUCAUCACCAUAUGGAACUCCACUUAGAGUGGUAGACUUAGGUGUCACACAUGUGCCCAAGGAUGUCUUUGAAAUGUAUUUGCAGGAAAUCAGUCCGCGUUAUCUGCCUGAAACAUAUAGUCUUCUUACUCACAAUUGCAACAACUUCAGCAAUGAGGUUGCUCAAUUUUUGGUUGGUGCAUCCAUUCCUACAUAUAUUCUCCAGCUCCCUAAUGAGGUCAUGAGCAGCCCAAUGGGAGCUCUUAUAUUGCCUAUGAUUCAAAAUUUGGAGACAACAUUGAAAUCUGGUGGAGUUCCUCAAGUACCACAAUUUAGGCCUUCAGCUAAUGUGAAUACUUCUGCCAACACCCAAAAGAGCUCAAGUGGUACCAAUUCAUCCACUGAGAAUGGUUUGAAGGGAGAGGUGGAUAAGGAAGUGAAGGGCGAAGAUGAUAACACUAAGACAGCAUCACCUUCUGGGGAACCACAGAAGCCAUCACCAAAUGGGGUUAAUGCAGAUCCUCUGGGAGAUGCUCGCAACAAGGUUCAAGAUGAGAUAAUCAAAGAGUUUGCUGCAAUCAUGGCAACUGGAACAAUGCGAGCUAGUGAGGCUGCAGCUCUAGCAACCAAAAGAGUCAUGCAAAGAUAUGGUCAAACCGCUGUCUCACAAAACUAGCAACUUUUAGUUUAUCAUUGACAAUUUGUGGGUCUAAAGCCCCUAUUAUACCAUCGCUGCAAUGCAACAACAAUAGCAGUGUUUUCAUAUUAUUGAUUAUUGUUUUAUCUUGGUAGAACUUGAUUAACUUAUAUCAUUUAUUCUAUCAAAAGAUUCUGUUUUUGGUUUCAAGUUAGUGUAUGGAAAUUAUUUUUAGUGAUAUCAAAUGAAAUGCUGAUUAGGCGAAG